UGUCCUCCUGCCUGCUCAGCUCAUGGCGUGUGCGAAUGGGGAUACUGCGUGUGCGACGUCGGGUUCCUGGGGGUCACGUGCGAGCAGCAGCAAUGCCCGAACUCAAGAUGCGUGUACGACUAUCGUAACCACGUCAACGAUUGUCUUCUGUGCAGCGGCAACGGAGUCUGCAAUGCGAACGCGACCUGCAUCUGCGAUGUGGGAUGGAAGGGGGAGGACUGCAGG